UGGUUUUGGUUUGUUUCCCAGGAAAACCACAGAGGAUGAAUGGUAAACUACAUGGAAAAGUCCACGUGGGCAGAUCUCCUUCAGCUGUGGAGUUCAGCAGCAACGAUCUCCACUCGUAUGUUGUCGCAAACGAUGGCCGAUCCUACGUGGCCAUCAGCGACAUCCCACAUUCCGUCGGGCCCUCACUGCAGCCCCUGUCGGCCCUCGGUGGUGCAAUCGGAUGGGCCUUCGCCCUGGAGCAGCCAGGCUUCAAGAAUGGCUUCAGUAUUGUUGGGGGGGAGUUCACACGGCAGGCAGAGGUGACCUUUCUGCCAGAGAAUGAGAAGCUGACCAUCAAGCAGGAGUUCAAAGGUAUUGAUGAACAUGACCACCUGGUUGUGAGCACUACCCUGAACGGUCGGGUCCCCGAGGUCCCUGAAGGAGCCACAGUGCAAGUCAACCCUUUUUCGGAGAUCUACCAGUACAGCAACAACUUGAUCACAUCCUCCUCCACCCGGGACUACAUUGUGAACCUGCCUGACGGAUCCACCGACACCAGGACGUAUCAGUGGCGUCAGACCAUCUCCUUCCAGAGCUGCCAGCACGACGAGUCCUACAGAGACAUGAAACCGACCCAGAUGCUCAACGUGGACCAGAUAUUUGUCAUGUAUGACUCCAGUAAUGAGCUCAUCCGGUUUGCCAUGAGCAACAAAAUCGGGGACAUCAACGGCGGGCAGCCAGAAGAAAACCCCUGUUUCACAGGAAGACAUGGAUGUGACACAAACGCUGUUUGCAGACCAGGAGACGGAAACCAGUUUACUUGCCAGUGUGCUGCUGGUUUUAAUGGUGAUGGCCGUGUAUGUUCUG